AAGUUGUGGGAUUUUUUGCUGUGUUGCGCGUCUGUGCGGCCCCAGACGCGGACACUGACGCACGCAUUCCGCGCUGGGAUUGUGACGGUUCCGGAGCGGAGCGCACAGCCUGUCUGCCAUCCGGAUGAACUGGCACUCCGCCGGCGCCAGAACAUCCAGUGGAGACGUGAAAAAGCCAUCGUGAAGGACUGAUCAUGUCUAAAACGCUGAAGAAGAAGAAGCACUGGUCCAGCAAAGUACAGGAGUGCGCCGUGUCAUGGGGGGAUGGCGAGGAACUGAGCUCUGUGGUGGAGGUACGCGGGGGAGCCGAGCUCGGAGAGUUCCCCUACCUGGGCCAGGUGAAGUCCGAGGCGGUGGUUUGUCAGCUCGGAAGGGUGCCCAGCCCCGGGGACGUGCUUCUGGAGGUGAACGGCACCCCUGUGAGCGGCCUGACCAACCGCGACACCCUGGCUGUCAUCCGCCACUUCCGAGAGCCCAUCCGUCUGAAGACCGUCAAACCAGGGAAGGUGUUGAACACAGACCUGCGUCACUACCUCAGCCUGCAGUUCCAGAAGGGCUCCCUGGAUCACAGGCUGCAGCAGGUCAUCCGAGACAACCUGUACCUGCGUACUGUGCCCUGUACGACGCGGCCGCCCAGGGAAGGGGAGGUUCCGGGCGUGGACUACAGCUUCAUCAGCGUGGGGGAGUUCCGCCUGCUGGAGGAGAGCGGCCUGCUGCUAGAGAGUGGCACCUACGACGGUAACUACUAUGGGACCCCAAAGCCCCCCGCGGAGCCCAGCCCGGUGCAGCCCGACCUGGUGGACCAGGUCCUGUUCGACGAGGAGUUCGAGGGGGAGGUGCAGCGCAAACGGACCACCUCCGUCAGCAAGAUGGAGAGGAAGGACAGCACCGCCCCCGAGGAGGAGGAUGACGACGACCGCCCACCAAUCACCAACGGCCUCUCAGAGCACUCUGACGGGGCGGAGUGGAAGAGGGUGGUGCCCAGCUACACACAGACCAGCAGCUCCAUGGAGUUCCGGUCCUGGAGCUCCCUGCCCCGCGACGACAGCCUGGAGCCCCUGCCCAAGAACUGGGAGAUGGCCUACACCGACACCGGCAUGGUCUACUUCAUCGAUCACAACAACAAGACCACCACCUGGCUGGACCCCCGGCUGGCCAAGAAAGCCAAGCCCCCCGAGAAGUGUGAGGAUGGAGAGCUGCCAUAUGGCUGGGAGAGGAUUGAUGACCCACAGUAUGGUACCUACUAUGUGGAUCACAUCAAUCAGAAGACGCAGUUUGAAAACCCAGUGCUGGAAGCGAAGAAGAAGCUGAGCCAGGAGACUGCUACUGCCUCCCACGGCCAGCAGGCGGCGCUGCCAGCCCCAGAGGAGGGUGGAGGGUGUGGCUUCACGAGAGACCCCUCCCAGCUGCAGGGGACGAUGAUCCACACCGCUCUGAAGAAGAGCACGCAGGGUUUUGGCUUCACCAUCAUCGGGGGCGACCGUCCUGACGAGUUCCUGCAGGUGAAGAAUGUCCUGAGAGACGGCCCAGCUAACCAGGACAACAAGAUGGCCGCCGGUGAUGUGAUAGUGGAGAUUAACGGCACGUGUGUUCUGGGUAUGACCCACGCCGCCGUGGUGCAAAUGUUUCAGUCCAUCCCAGUGAGCCAGUACGUUGCCAUGGCGCUGUGCCGGGGGUACCCCCUGCCGGAGGACGCGGGCAGCGACGACGACGCGGGGGCCGAGGGGCUGUCGGGCGUGUCAGGCGUGGCCCUGAACGGGCCGCCGCUGAGCGCCCCGGACGGCCCCGCCCCCAGCCUGCUGCAGCCCGAGCUGGUGAGCGUGCCGCUGGUGAAGGGGCCCGGCGGCUUCGGCUUCGCCAUCGCAGACUGCCCGCUCGGCCAGAAGGUGAAGAUGAUCCUGGACGCGCAGUGGUGCCGCGGCCUGCAGAAAGGCGACGUCAUCAAGGAGAUCAACCGGCAGAACGUGCAGGCGCUCAGCCACGCCCAGGUGGUGGACAUCCUCAAGGACCUGCCCGUCGGCAGCGAGGUCCCCGUGCUGGUGCUGAGGGGGGGUCAGACGUCUCCUGUGAAGAGCCUUAAGCCUAAGCAGGAGAUGACUGCCAGCACAGAGACGCUGGACCACGGCCCUAACCCCGCCCCUCAGCCCCUGCCCUUACCCCCCAGCGCCCUGCGGUCUAGCUCCCCCAAACCCGACCCAGCCGAGCUGUAUGUCAGGUCCAAGGUUCUGCGGGACAGCAAGCCCCCCAACACUAAGGACCUGGAUGUCUUCAUCAAGAGGAACCAGGAGUCGGGCUUUGGGUUCAGGGUUCUUGGCGGAGAGGGUCCGGAGCAGCCUGUGUACAUCGGCGCCAUUGUGCCGCUGGGGGCGGCGGAGAGGGACGGGCGUCUGCGUCCGGGUGACGAGCUGGUGGGCAUCGACGGCGUGCUGGUCAAGGGCCGCUCCCACAAGCAGGUGCUGGAGCUGAUGACCAACGCCGCCCGCAACGGCCAGGUGAUGCUGACGGUGCGCCGGAAGGUGGCCUGUGCAGACGGUGCGGAGGAGGAGGGGGUGCAGCAGGGAGCUCCCGGCCUGCUGAACGGCUCCCCCAGGCUGCCCCGGAUCGAGCUGCCGGGCCCCUCUGACCCCGAGUCGUACCAUAUCACGCUGCAGCGCAAGGACAAUGAGGGCUUCGGCUUCGUCAUCCUCACCUCCAAGAGCAAGCCCCCACCCGGAGUGAUCCCUCACAAGAUUGGGCGGAUCAUUGAGGGCAGUCCCACAGACCGCUGUGGUCAGCUGAAGGUGGGCGACCGCAUCUCAGCGGUCAACGGGCAGUCCAUCGUAGAACUCUCGCACAACGACAUCGUGCAGCUGAUCAAGGAUGCCGGCAACGCCGUCACCCUCACGGUGGUGCCAGAGGAUGAGUACACUGGGCCUCCCUCAGGAACCAGCACAGCCAAGAACAGCCCAGCACCACAGCACAGAGCCAUGGGCCAGCAGCCUGUCCACCGGGACGAGCGGUAUGACCUGGACACAGAGGAGAGAAGAGAUGGCACCUCCUGGAUGGAGCAGGGGACACUGUGUGUUGUAGGACCCAAACAGGGCUGUUUCCCGGUGGAGCUGGAGCGGGGGCCGCGGGGGUUUGGCUUCAGUCUGCGGGGGGGUAAGGAGUACAACAUGGGGCUGUACAUCCUGCGUCUGGCGGAGGACGGGCCGGCCAUCCAGGACGGGAGGAUCCACGUGGGCGAUCAGAUCGUGGAGAUCAACGACGAGCCGACGCAGGGCAUCACUCACACCCGGGCCAUCGAGCUGAUCCAGGCGGGCGGCAACCGGGUGCUGCUGCUGCUCAGACCUGGCCCAGGCAGCACCCCUGACCACAGUCGGUUAGACCACAUAACAGCUUCACCCACCAGCUUUCAGAGAGAGUCUUCAGCUUCCGACGAGCCUCCAAUCUCCACCUCUCCCUCCCGCAUCACCCCCGCUGCCCCCGUGCUGUCCCCCUCCUGGGACAGCAGCCCCCCCUCUCCCCUGCUCCCGGCACCACGGCCCAGCUGGGACAGGACUGCAGGGAGACAGACUGACACCGAGGAGAGAGAGAUUCCCCCCGGCCCCUGCUCCGCUGGGUGUGAAAGGGAGAGGGGAUCCAGCCCCCCAAAACAGAGCCGGCCCCCCAAUCCCAGGAAAGCCCCCUGGGGGGAGGAGGAAGCUGCCACAUACCGGAGCGAUCCCAUAGUUAAGGGGGGGUACCCAAAAAACGGGCGAGAGAAGAAGGAGGGGGGCAGCGGGGGUGGGAGGUUAAGGGCAGCCAAUGAGCACAGCAGGAUGGAGGCGGAGGCGGGGACAGAGGCGGGGCUGUCUGAGGUGCACAGCCGUAAAGACACCCUGGCUUCCUCCAGCUCCUCCCAGAGCAGGACCGGUGAGGGGAGGAGGGGCCCCAUCUUACCUGGCCCGUGGAAGGUGCCCAGCUCAGCCAGGAUCCUGUCCCAGGAGGAAGUGAUGCGAGAGGCGUACUGACGCUUUAUGGGAAAUGUCAUCAGACAGCCGGAGUGUUUUACAAAGUGCAGCAAGGUGUGGGGGAGGUGGUGGGGGUUCAGAGGGGUUUCUUUACUGCCUGUCACAUGGUGUGGAUUCAGAGUGCAUCGUUUUUACCCUACAUACACUUCUAGUGCUUUCUUUGGUUUCACAAAAGUUUUCCGUGUCAGUGAAACAUGUCCAUGUAGCAGUGAUUUCUGCCUAGCCUCUCGUGUGCCAGUCAGGGAGAUGUCAGUUCCUCUGCCCCCGGUCCAGCUGCUUCAUAUGCAAGGAGGGCCAGGCUCUGCUCGUUUCCACCGAAACCAAGGAGGACUGCCCCAGAGAGGUCAGAACCCCUGCACACUGGCCUACACUUAUUUUUCGGGUGAACUUUUUAAAAUAAUUUAUCUGCAUGCGAUACAGGAGCUCAUCUCCUCACUGCUUUUACUGUAUGAACCUUCUGGCACUGAGGACAUUCUACCCGCUGUCGUCUUCAGUGCAGAACCACGGCAUCUGAAUGCAUCUGCUUUACUGUGGAUUUU